UACCUUUCACCUGGGCGUCGGGGUCUCACGCCUGUAAAUCCUAAGCUUACUCCGGAGGCUGAGAGCUGAAGAUCGGGGUGUAAACCCAGCCAGGGCAGGAAAGUUCCUGAGACUCCACUCCAAUUACCCACCAAACCACAAGUGAUACCAUGAACAGCUGUUAUAAACUAACUACAAAUAAUACUGGAAGAACUUGCUGGGGCUGCAACUGAAUUCAAUUUAUUAUUCAGUUAACAAGAUCAAUUUGCGCAUAGUUUGAAGUUCAAGUAACAGUGUGUUCUGCCAGAAAGCAUGAAUAUUACUCUUUAAAAAGCUUUUCAACCUUUAAGAUGAAGAAAAUGAGAUGACAAGAACCAGAAUUCGCACCCUAGCACCUGCACUCAGAAAUCAAGCUCUGCCCUCGGGUGGGGCUCGGCCAGCAGCCCCGCUAGACCCGCCGCAGGUGGAAGCGCUGCAGGAAAGGACCCAGCUUCCUGACGGGCAGCGACUUGCGGCUGAGGAUUGGACAUCCUAAGGAGGAAGGGGUGGGCAGAACUCGUCCGGAAGUGACGCAAGCAGGAAGCGUCUGCCCGCGGAGGAGGCGUUGUCGGCGCGUAUUUGGAAAUGAGGACUUAAGCCUGGCGGCCGCGCUCGUCUGAUUUCUUCAUUUGGCUCGUGGAGAGCUUAACAUCCAGUCACCAAGGCCUCUUCCUUGGUUCCCUCCGCAGCGUGACUGGCUUUACCUGACAAGGAACUGCCUGCGCCACUACGGUGGACAGAAGUCGUGGGUGGUGGAAGCGAGAAGUCGCUACUGUGGUGGCGAGGCCACCGAAACCGGGACCUGGCCCGACUCGGCGGUUUCCAGAGACCCGGGCGCCGGCCUACUAGUUGUCAAGACGGCUGUCAACUCGCAAAGGAAAACCACUGUCUCCCAACAAUUUUCUCCGAAAGAGAACCUCAACAGGAAAAAAAAAAAAUGUCUGUUUUUCCUAAGGUAUCUUUGAGACCUGAAGUUGAAAACUACCUUAAAGAAAUCUUUACGAAUCAAGAGAUUGUAUCUUUAAGCAAACAAGAAGCAGAAGAGAAGUUUGAAACUCUGUUAAAUCACUUAGCCCACCCUCCAUCAUUCACAACUGUCAGAGUAAAUACACAUUUAGCUGCAGUUCAGCAUGUGAAAAAUCUGUUGCUUGAUGAACUUCAGAAGCAGUUCAGUGAACUGAAUAUUCCUGUUAUUGAACAUCCAGACCUCCCGGACAUCCUACUUAUUCCUGUGAUUGGACCUAGAAAGGAUAUAAAAAAACAACAGUGUGAAGCUAUUGUGGGAGCCCAGUGUGGCAAUGCAGUGUUAAGGGGAGCCCAUAUCUAUGUUCCAGGAAUCGUGUCAGCUUCAAAAUUUAUGAAAGUUGGCGAUGUUGUUUCUGUAUACUCUGAUAUUAAAGGGAAAUGUAAGAAAGGAGCCAAAGAAUUUGAUGGAGAAAAAGUAUUUCUUGGAAAUGGGAUUUCAGAACUAAGCCGCAAAGAAAUCUUUAAUGGGCUACCUGAACUGAAGGGUAUAGGCAUAAGAAUGACAGAACCCAUAUAUCUCAGCCCUUCAUUUGACAAUGUACUGCCUAGUUACUUAUUUUUACAGAAUUUGCCAUCUGCUGUAGUAACUCAUGUUCUGAAUCCUCAACCUGGAGAGAAGAUCCUAGAUAUGUGUGCAGCACCUGGAGGCAAAACAACUCAUAUUGCGUCACUAAUGCAUGAUCAGGGAGAAGUAAUAGCCCUGGAUAAAAUAUCCAAUAAAGUAGAAAAAAUAAAACAGAAUGCUUUAUUGUUAGGACUGAAUUCCAUCAAGGCAUUUUGUUUUGAUGGAACAAAGGCACUUAAACUUGAUAUGACUGAGGAUCCAUCAGAUGUACCUCCGUUCUUACCAGAAUCAUUUGACCGAAUUCUCCUUGAUGCACCCUGCAGUGGAAUGGGACAGAGGCCUAAUAUGGCUUGUACUUGGACUUUGAAAGAAGUGACAUCAUAUCAACCACUGCAGCGGAAACUCUUUACUGUGGCAGUUCAGCUGCUGAAACCAGGUGGUGUGCUGGUUUAUAGCACAUGCACUAUAACGCUGGCAGAAAAUGAAGAGCAAGUUGCCUGGGCCCUUAAAACAUAUCCAUGCCUUCAGCUUCAACCCCAGGAACCACAGGUAGGAGGAGAAGGCAUGGUGGGAGCCGGCCUGUCACUAGAACAACUGAGACAUCUGCAGCGAUUUGAUCCAUCUGUGGUGCCAUUACAGGACAUUGACAUUGAUUCCCUCAGAGAUGCCAAAACAGAGGACAUGAUCCGACUUGCAAAUAAGGAUUGUAUAGGCUUUUUCAUUGCAAAAUUUGUAAAAUGUAAAAGUACAUUAGAGAAGAAUCCUCAGAAGUGAAAAUUCCAUACUUACUUGUUCUUAAAUGAAAGUAUUUUCAGACCAACUAAAUGUAACGGUUGCUAAUGAAACAAAAUUUCUAGAAAUUUCACUAGGGGUCAGAGAGAGAGAGAGAGAGAGAGAGGCCAGUGGUGGGGGCUGCUUUUGCUAAGAAAUUGUAUCCUUGGUUUAUAAACUUUUUUUCCAGUAUGGGCACUAGAUUUAAAGGAGCUGCCUAUGGAUGUCCAAAACAUUUUCAGUUGGUAUAUUGUUUUGAUUUACGAAGUCUUUUAGUAUACCAAGUCUUCAAUAUAUUAGUCUUUUUAAACAAUUGUUCGUCUUAAUAAUAAAAUUAGUAGUCAUUGUGGUUACAGAAAAAUGUUUUGUUUCCAAGUUCCUAAAAAUUUUCUAAAAAUCCAGGAAAUGGGAAUUCUAUCAUUUACCAUGGCAAUAAUUGAGAUGUAAGUACUUUGUUAAUUGAUUCUGCUUAUAAAUUGGUAUAGCCUUCUUUAUUUUUGUGUUGUGAAAUGAGUACAGUCUCUCCCAUAACUGUGUUCAGGAGCUAGAUAUUUAUAUCAAUUUACAAAAAACGUUUAAAGUCAGAAAUUAAUAGGACAUUGUGUAAAUGGUGAUGGGUCAUUCUUGCUUUCUGUUCCUGAUACUGUUUAGCUUGAUUAAUAACCAGGAUUGGGGCUUCUUAGCAAUACUUCUUGUGACCUUAUACAACUAUACCAGUCCUUGAAAACUUCAGUUCUACUGGCAUAGCCCUCUUUUUAAAUGAAGUUAAACCUCUUUUAAAAGUUUUAACCUAAAAAAUGAUUAUUUACUUUGUAGAUAAAAACAUGUGAAUGAGAAUAUUCCUUUUAUCUUUUGUCGGAGGAUGUGUUAUCCAAGUUACUUGAAUGUACCUGGUGAGAAUGAGAAAAACAG